AUGCAAGCUUUUGACAUCAAGAAGGAGUUGGUCAACAAGACCAAGGAGGCUGCUAGUUUGUUGAAGACAGUCAACAAAGCCGAGGCCAAGAUGAAGACACUGAUGGAUCAGGCUAAGGCAGCAAAACAAGCCCAAGACGAGGCCGAGGAGAGGGCGAGAGCUGCCGAGGCCAUUGCUAAGGUCCUUGAGGUCGAGAAAAAAGAGGCCGAAGCAAAGAUCGCCGAAGCCCAAGCCGAGCUCAUUGCUACCUUGGCCACAAAGGAGGCCGAGAUCAAGGCGGCGGACGAGAAGGCGUACGCCGAAGGGGCAGCCGAUGUUCGUGAGGACUACAAGAAGCAGGUCAAGAAGGCAUGCAACAAGAGUUGCUCCCUUGGCUGGAUGGCUUCUUUGAAAGAACUGGCCGUCCCUGAGGACUCUCCCCUUAAAGACGAUAGCCUACUCGAUGAGGAAGAUGAAGUCUUAAAGGGUGCCUCCUCCCAGAAGACAACCUCUGAAGUGCCAAUCGUUGAGAAGAGCAUCGAUCAGACUCUAUAA